AUGGGCUGCACCGAGGUCUCUGCGGUAGCGCAGGCCUUCUGUACUGAAGAGCUGCCGACCUACUGUAGCCUGCAGACCCUCGGACAGGUGGAAGAGCCCCCCAGCUGCUGCCCCCCGUCCGCCUCAGGCCUCUCUGACAGGCCACGCUACCUGCUGCUGUGUGCAUCUGUGGCUUCAUUUAGGAGAAAGUCGAUCGGCGAGUUUGUGGGCUUUGGGUGUGACUCAUGUCUGGACCCCGGUGGACGUCCUGAGGAGAGCCGCUGGCCCCUGACCCGAGUAAUGGCGGCGGGUCAAGAGUUGGACUGUGCGAAGGAGGCUGUGUGCGGCUGCAGAGCGCGUGAGCUGUGCCUGGGAACCGAGGCGAGCCGUUCAGUGUGGGACAGGGGCGGCGGGGUGGGGUGGGGGGGGCUGACGGGACAGAAGCCGCACUACAGGAAACAGCAGAUCCCUGUGUCGUUCUGUGACCAGGAUGCCCCGUCUGAGAACUGUCUGAGAAGUGACAGCAGACAGGGGAGGGCUCAGCUUUCAGACGGGAGAGUCGGAGGAGAUAUGGGCCCAGAAUGA